UCUAAUGGUGAUACAGACACAAGAUCAUUAUUUUGGUCACCAUGAGGACAAAGUAGGAUUUCUGCGACACAGAAAAGAGAAAAAGAUCUUGCUGUACCAGAUCAGCAGGAUGAGUCACUCUGAGGAAUGUGACGAAGGCCUUCACAUAAACAUGAAACACUCCUGUCUAAUCCAGACAAAGAGAUCAGUCUCUCCAGGGCUCAGCUGUGUCUCCAUGAAGAGUGAUGAGUCUAUGAAUCAUCCAUUAGAAUUCAAAGAUGGAAAUUCUUCAUCUGAACGCAGUCAAAUCCAGGUAAAGAGAUCUGACUCUCCAGUAUCCAGUUUUGUGUCAAUGAGAAGUGACAGAUCUAUGGAUCCCCCACCAGGAGAAGAACACCCCUCAUCUUCACACAGACAAUUUCAUGCAGAGAGAUCAGACUCACCAGGACCCAGCUGCGUGUCCAUGAGGAGCCACAGGUCAAAGGAUCCUCCACUAACAUUCAAACAUGAGGACCACUCAUCUGGACACAGUCAAAUUCAGGUAAAGAGAUCUGACUCUCCAGUAUUCAGUGGUGUGUCAAUGAGAAGUGACAGAUCUAUGGAUCCCCCACUGACAUUAGAAGAGGGAGACUCCUUAACUGCCCCCAGUCAAAUUCAGGUAAAGAGAUCUGACUCUCCAGUAUUCAGUGGUGUGUCAGUGAGAAGUGACAGAUCUAUGGAUCCCCCACUGACAUUAGAAGAGGGAGACCCCUUAACUGCACACAGACAUAUUCAUGCAGAGAGAUCAGACUCACCCGGACCCAGCUGUGUGUCCAUGAGGAGCAACAGGUCUAAAGAUCCUCCACUAACAUUUGAGCUUGAAGACCUUUCAUCUGGACACAGUCAAAUUCAGGUAAAGAGAUCUGACUCUCCAGUAUUCAGUGGUGUGUCAAUGAGAAGUGACAGAUCUAUGGAUCCCCCACUGACAUUAGAAGAGGGAGACCCCUUAACUGCACACAGACAUAUUCAUGCAGAGAGAUCAGACUCACCCGGACCCAGCUGUGUGUCCAUGAGGAGCGACAGGUCUAAAGAUCCUCCACUAACAUUUGAGCUUGAAGACCUUUCAUCUGGACACAGUCAAAUUCAGGUAAAGAGAUCUGACUCUCCAGUAUUCAGUGGUGUGUCAAUGAGAAGUGACAGAUCUAUGGAUCCCCCACUGACAUUAGAAGAGGGAGACCCCUUAACUGCACACAGACAUAUUCAUGCAGAGAGAUCAGACUCACCCGGACCCAGCUGUGUGUCCAUGAGGAGCAACAGGUCAAAAGAUCCUCCACUAACAUUUGAGCUUGAAGACCUUUCAUCUGGACACAGUUUAAUCCAGGUAAAGAGAUCUGACUCUCCAGUGUCCAGCUGUGUGUCAAAAAGAAGUGACAGAUCUAUGGACCCCUCACUGACAUUAGAAGAGGGAGACCCAUCACUUGCACACAGAGAAAUUCAGGCAGAGAGAUCAGACUCACCUGGCCCCAGUGCUGUGUCCCUGAAUAGCAACAGAUCUAAGGAUCCUCCACUAACAUUCGAACAUGAAGACCACUCAUCUGGACACAGUGUCUCAUCCCAGAUGAAAGAGAGGACGAACAGAAUGAGGGGACCACAAGAGGAGAUCAGCCUCGUAGACACAUGGUAUGCCACUGUGUCUGUUGCAAGUGAAGCUCAGGAGAGCUUCAAAUCAUAUAUGAAAAAUAAAUAUCAGUGUUUGAAUGAACUAAUAACAAACCAAGAAAACCCAAAACUUCUCUGUGAGAUCUACACUGAGCUCUACAUCACAGAAGGAGAAAUCAGUAAUGAACAUGAGGUGAAUAAGAUGCAGGACACCUCCAGGAGAAAAACAACAGAAGACACAGCAAUCAAAUGCAAAGAUAUCUUUAAAUCUUUAUCUGGACAAGACAAACCCAUCAAAACUGUCCUGACAAAAGGAAUUUCUGGCAUUGGAAAAACCUCUGUGCAGAAGUUCAUUCUGGACUGGGCUGAAGAUGAAGCAAAUCAGGAUGUCCACUUCAUAUUUCCACUUCCUUUCAGAGAACUGAAUUUGAUGAAGGACCAAAAACUCUGUCUGACUAAUCUCCUUCAUAUAUUUUUUAAGGAAACAAAAGAAACAAACAUUUCCAGCUUGCAGAAGUCACUUUUCAUUUUUGAUGGUUUGGAUGAGUGUCGUUUAGAUCUAGAUUUUCAGAGCACUGUGAGUUUGUGUGAUGUGACUGAAUCAGCAUCAGUAGAAGUGCUGCUGACAAACCUGAUCAAGGGGAAUCUGCUUCCCUCUGCUCUCAUCUGGAUAACCUCCCGACCUGCAGCAGCUGAUCAAAUCCCCUCUGAGUGUGUGGAUCGAGUCACAGAAGUACGAGGAUUCAACAACCCACAGAAGGAGGAGUACUUCAGGAAGAGAAUCAAUGAUCAGAGUCUGGCAGACAGAAUCAUCAAACACCUGAAGUCAUCCAGGAGCCUCUACAUCAUGUGUCACAUACCUGUGUUCUGCUGGAUUUCAGUCACUGUUCUAGAGAAAAUGUUGGGGGAAGCAGAGAGUGGAGAGAUCCCCAAAACUCUGACUCAAAUGUACACACACUUCCUCACCAUUCAGACAAAAAUCAUAAGAGAAAAAUACACAAAGAACCAAAAAGCAGAUGAAGAAAUACUUCUCAAACUGGGCCAACUGGCUUUUCAGCAGCUGAUGAAAGGAAACCUGAUCUUCUAUGAGGAAGAUCUGAGAGAGUGUGGUAUCGAUGUUGAAGAAGCAUCAGUGUACUCAGGUGUGUGUACACAGAUCUUCAGAGAGGAAUCUGGGCUGCUCCAGAGUAAAGUGUACUGCUUUGUUCAUCUGAGUGUUCAGGAACAUCUUGCAGCUCUAUAUGUGCACCUGACCUUCAUGAACCAGAAGAGAAAUGUGCUUAAUCAGAGUUUGUUCUCUGCACUUGUGUACUUCUUCAGAAAAGAAAUUACAAUCUAUGAUGUACACAAGAGUGCUGUGGAUCAGGCCUUACAGAGUAAGAAUGGACAUCUGGAUCUUUUCCUUCGCUUUCUUGUGGGUCUUUCACUGAAGUCUUGUCAAAGUCUUUUACUGGGCCUAGUAAUGCAGACAGAAAAUUGGACCUACAGUACAGAGGGAACAAUUCAGUAUAUCAAAAAGAAAAUCAGAGAGAAUCCCUCUGCAGAGAAAUUUGUCAAUUUGUUCCACUGUCUGAAUGAACUAGGUGACCAUUCUCUACUAAAGGAAAUCCAGUAUUACCUAAAACAUGGAGGUAUAGAAAACAGCAAACUCUCUUCUUCACAGUGGUCAGCUGUGAUUUUUGCAUUGCUAACAUCAGAAGAAGAGCUGGAUGAAUUUGUCCUAAAAAAAUAUGGUGCAGCAGAACAUGUUCUUCUCAAACUGAUGCCUGUGGUUGAAGCAUCCAGAACAGCUUGGCUUAAUCAUUGUAAACUGACAAAGAAAAGCUGUGCGGCUUUGGCCUCAGUGCUCAGCUCAGAAUCCUCCUGUCUGAGACAUGUGGAGCUGUCUAAAAAUAAACUAGAAAAUUCAGGAGUGAAGCUGCUCUCGGAUGGACUAAAGGAUUCUCAAUGUAAACUGGAAGCGCUAUGGCUGUGGAAGUGUAAAAUCACACAUAAGGGCUGUGAAGCCCUGGCUUCAGCUCUGAAAUCAAACCACUCACAUCUGAGACUCUUGGAUCUGUCUGGGAAUAAACUCCGAGAUUUUGGAGUGGAGCUGCUCUCUGUGGGACUUGGGGAUCCUCACUGUAAACUGGAGAUACUAAGGUUGAAGCACUGCACUAUCACAGAAAAAGGCUGUGAAGCGCUGAGUUCAGCUUUGAAAUCACAUCCUUCACAUCUGCGCAAGCUGAAUCUAUCCAAGAAUAAAUUAGGAAAUGCAGGACUGAAGCAGCUCUCCGCUGCACUGGAGAAUCCUCAAUGUAAACUACAGGCACUGAAGAUGAAUAGGUGUGAUGUCAAAGAAGAAGAUUGUGAAGCGCUGGCUUCAGCUCUGAAGUCAAAUCCAUCACACUUGAGAGUGCUGGAUCUAUCUAGGAAUGGACUAGGAGACUCAGGAAUGAAACAACUCUCUGCUGAACUGAAGAAUCCUCACUGUAAACUGAAGAUAUUGAGGUUGAGAACUUGUAACAUCACAUAUGAGGGCUGUGCUGCUCUGGCUUCAGCUCUGAAAUUAAACCCCUCACACCUGAGAGAGCUGGAUCUGUCUGUGAAUAAACUAGGAGACUCAGGAAUGAAACUACUCUCUGCUGAACUGAAGAUUCCUCACUGUAAGCUGAAGAUAUUGAGGUUGAGAACUUGUAACAUCACAUAUGAGGGCUGUGCUGCUCUGGCUUCAGCUCUGAAAUUAAACCCCUCACACCUGAGAGAGCUGGAUCUGUCUAUGAAUAAACUAGGAGACUCAGGAAUGAAACUACUCUCUGCUGAACUGAAGAUUCCUCACUGUAAGCUGAAGAUAUUGAGGUUGAGUUGGUGUGAUAUCACAGAUGAGGGCUGUGCUGCUUUAGCUUCAGCUCUUAAUUCAAACCCAUCACAUCUAACAGAGCUGGAUCUUACUAAAAACAGUGGUAUACUGAAUGGAGGAGGCCUGGUUCCUCUUAAGGCUGAUCCACAUUACAAGCUACAAAAACUAAGAUAUGAUGAAGUAUCCCUUAUUUACUUUUGAAGGAUCUAAAGCCUUCAAUGGACAUCUGAAUGCUUGGUACAGUACAUUUUAUGAGAAGAAAAACUCCUAAACAUACAAUAAAGACCAGAGGAGAUAAAAGACCAACAAAAGACAUAACAGCAUUUUGUCUCAUUUCUUUGGAAGAAUGCCCUGACCACAGUUUACCUACAUGACACCCACAUUUUUCCCUUUGCUUAUGUCUACAGCUGUUGCUCUCAAAACAAACAAGUACAUAGCUUGUUUCACAGAAAACUGACACACCACAGCAUGACUCAGUUCCUUACUGCACCAGCACUCCUAACCAUGACAGUCUUUCAGUUCAAAUCUUACUGACAUAUGUCUCCCUACUGCACCACCAGUGCUAAUAAUGAAAGCAGGAGCAACUAGUAGCUAAAAGCGAAACAAGUGUUCAUUCAACUUGAUUACACUAAUUGGACCAUAUGCAGUGUGUAAGUCUGUAAAUGUGCUGUGUCAGAGCUGUACGACACUAUGCGUAAGAGCUGAAACCAGGCUGUACACUUAUAUAAACACAGAGCUCAGAAAUAACUGAUGAACCCUAGUGGCGAAGUGAUUCAUUUGCUUUCUUGACGCAUUGUUCAUAAUUUCUCCUAAUGCAACUGCAUCCAUUAUAAAAGAAAAAAAUUAAUUGUUUUCAUUGGUCAAAAAUACAUUUUUAAAUGUUAUGUUUUGAACAAAUCAAA